UAUUCACGGCAACUUCUCUCGUGACGAGUACAAGACGCAUCCACGGGCGGGGAGGCGUCAGAUGACACGUUAGGGCUUUUUAGGGGCGGCUUGCUGCGGCUUCCCAGCGCGUCUGCCGCUUAAUUAGCCGCGCGGCGCGUCAGAGGCGCAGCUGAAUUGCUUGAGCGUGAUAAGGAGUUGGACCGAGGAGGAGCUAAAUAAACCACAGCCCCGUCCGAACCGGUUUUAUUGGCGCGCGGGACGGACACCUGUCUAUCCAAUUACUCCGUUUCGAUCUAAUUUAACGAGUCUAUUUUCUGCUGAGCGGCCAGUUGAGCCUCCCUCCGCCCGCCUUUCGCUCCCUGUCACAGCGCGGCGCGCCGCUAAAACGCUGUUAUGUAAUGAAACACUUGCGAAACUCGAACUUCUCGGGAGCAAGAGCGAGUAGUUUAACUUUAACAUCGUGGCUUUUCAAUAGCUAAUAGGUGGGAUUUGGCUGGGAAAUCAGCUGUGCUGCUUUUUUUUUUUUUUAUUAUCGGCCAGUCUGAUACAUUGGCUUCUUAAUUGGCUUCAUGUUCGGUUACACCCAUUUAGAGGUUUCCUGUCUAAACGCUGGGACGUUACUGAAUAUUAAAUAUUAUCACUCAUUCCGCGUUGUGUACGCCCGCAAAAUCAACAGCCCGUCUCCGCGGAGAGCGACGUCUGCAGACGGGGAUGUGAUUACUUUGAUGACGGUAAAUCUCACUUGUGACACAACUGCUGCUCUCUGUCUACAGACCGAGGGAACAGGGAGUGAUCCACCCCCCCCCCCCCCCCCCCCCCUGCAGCCCCCAUGCCGGGCAUCAGCUCCACCGCCCCUCGUUAUGAAAACUGGGACAUGGAGCACUUCGACCACUACCAACAUUAUUUUUACGACGACCACGACCCCGACGAGGAUUUCUUCAAGUCCACGGCGCCCAGUGAGGACAUAUGGAAGAAAUUCGAGCUGGUUCCGACCCCGCCCAUGUCCCCUAUCCGGGCGGUGGAGGGGUCGGGCAGGGUCGGGCUUCUGUGCCCGUCUCUGGGGGACAAGCUCGAGUGGGUGUCCCAGUUCUUGGGGCAGGAGGACGAGCAGCAGCAGGACGUCCCCUGCAAGCUGGCCGCGGCCAACGACUCCUUCGGGAACCUGAGCUCCAUCAUCAUCCAGGACUGCAUGUGGAGCGGCUUCUCGGCCGGCCAGCAGCUGGAGCGAGUCGUCGGGGAGCGCUGCGCCUCCUGUCCCGGGACGGCGGCGGCGGGCAGGGUCGCCGCCGCGUGCGCGGCCGCGUCCCCGGCGAGGGCGCAGUGUGGCCCCGCCGACGCGCCGGCCCUCGGCGCGCUCGCCGCGGACUGCGUGGACCCCGCGGCCGUGCUCACGUUCCCGUUAACCGGCGGAUGCAAGAAACAGGUGUCCUCCGGUUCCGAGUCUCUCACCGACUCCUCAGAUGACGACGACAAAGACGACGACGACGAGGAGAUCGACGUGGUGACGGUGGAGCACAAGCAGCAGUGCAAACCGCGGCGGCUGGUCAACGCCCGCAAGCCCGUGACCAUAACGGUGCGGGCCGACCCCCACGACCCCGGCAUGAAGCGCUUUCACAUCUCCAUUCACCAGCAGCAGCACAACUACGCCGCCCCGUCGCCGGACACGCUGCCCCCGCCCACCGAGCCGCCGCGCAAGAGGGUCCGACAGGAGGCGGGCCAGCCCCACCAGAACUCGUGCUACCACCAGCCCCGACUCGGCCACGCCCCCCUGAACUUGGACAGCAGGAAGUCCCACGUCACGUCGGCCGGAGUCAGGUCCGAGUCGCCCGACCCCAGCGCCUGCUCUCCUACCUCCUCCGCGUCGCCUUCGCCCCCCCCCUCCUCCUCCUCCUCUUCGUCGUCCUACCACCACCACCAUCCCCAAAGCCCGUCGCCCAAGUCCCACUCCUUCUCGCACCUCUCCAGCCCCCAGUCCUCGGACUGCGAGGACACGGACAAGCGCAGGGCGCACAACUUCCUGGAGCGCAAGCGGCGCAACGACCUGCGCUCGCGCUUCCUGUCGCUGCGGGACGAGAUCCCCGGCCUCGCGGACUGCCCCAAGACGCCCAAGGUGGCCAUCCUGACGCGGGCCACCGAGUACCUGCAGCAGCUGCACGCCAGCGAGAGGCAGAAGGCUCAGGAGCGGAAGCAGCUGAAAGCCAGGCAGCUGCAGCUGCUGCAGAGGCUGGCGCAGCUCAGGCGCUCCUGAGACCGGGGGGCGCUGAACACGUGCGCUGGCCCGAACUGAAUGGGGCACGAAGGAGAAAAGACACUAAUGUUCACUUUGAGUUGGUCACCUUGGAGUAGUGCAGGUGCAUUAUUUGUUCGUUUCUUAUUUUAUUUUUGUGGUUUGCACAGUAGCUUCUGAGUGAAUGACGAGGCCACAAGCUGGUCAGGCCAGCGAGCCAGUUCCGGGGCAUCGUGCAGGUAGAUUAUUUUGUCCAUGGUUACUCAGUUUGUGAAAAUGUGAUCCCUCAACAUGAUAGAAUGCUCCAAACCUAUUGCCUGCUACACGAGGGUCAGUAGGUCCCCACCGUUUCAGCGUUUUUCCUCUAAAUUCCAAAGCAUCUGUAGCUGGACUGCACAGGGCCUGGUGAGAGCGAUGCUGCCACUGUGUCCUGUGACGCUCCAGUGUCUGUGCCUGCAGGUUCCCAGCGAGCAGCACCAGACCCCCAGAUUUGGCCUGUUUGCAGCAUUAUUGGACAAAUCUUGAUUAAUCAUAUUUUCAACAAAUCAAACCCACCCCCUACAAAAGUCCUGACCAAUGACGAUGUGCCAUGGAGACCAGCCAAAAGAUGAAUGUCUGCUUCACUUAAUCAACCAAAACAACCCUUAAAGAUGCUAAAAUUGAGCCUGUAUGUCAGCAGCAAUUCCAAUGUUUGAUUGAAGAUGAAGCCCAUUGAGUUCCAUCUAUAAAUUUCUUUCAUCUUGCUGUCGGAUUAUUUGUUUUAUUUUGCAUUUGAUGUAAUGCCUAUAGAAGCCUUUUGCUGUAUGUAGACUCUCCUGGUGGACGUUCUGUAUAUAGUACCCAUACUGUACAGUCCCCUCUGAACCAAAUCCACAGCUGUCUACUACGUGCAGCUUGGUUUUUGUUCAGUCCUGUGCUAAACUGGGGCCAUGCUUGCCCGGCUUUUCAAAGGUAACUCAAAGCUUCUAUUUUUGUUAAUAAAGUAAAAUUAUUAUGAAAAAGAGUCAAAAUAAAAGGCUUACUGAACAUCAGUCACACUAGCCACUUUGUGUUUUCUACUAUAUUUUCCUACCGAGUUGUUCCAGCGUGAGCUAAUGACUGUUUUUGUUGCUGUUGCUGGCAGGGCUUUAUAGGUGGUUAUAUGCUGAAAAGUGGCGCGUAAGAUCCGCUUUCACUCCUGAGUGAAAAAGCCCCGAAUGCUCCCUUCAGUCGAAUCACUGUAGCCGUAGCAAUCUGAUGUAGGUGGUGGCGGGCUAAAGAGGAUGCACCGAUUAAGCUUUUGGAUGUUUGUAGCCUUUUAGUGACCUUACUGCUACUGCGUUCUCCCUGCUUUUUAUUUUUUAACUUUUUUAUUUUGUGCAAACCUGGUGCUCUCUGUCGUCCAGGAAGCCAUGCACCAGAAAACACUGUAGCCCUGGAUCUGGUACUGUAAACGACCCAAUCACCCAGUAGUAUGCCCUGCUUGGAUCAGCACUCAGGAAACUCUUUCAGGCUACACUUGAGGGAAAAACGCCCCUAAUAUGCUGUACGCGUAAAAACACCUCUGCAGUCAAAGCUUUAGAUUGACUGAACUAUGUUGGUUAAACUUGCUUCACAAUCUUUCCAUGUAUAUUUACUUCUCUUUUAAAUCCCUCUGCUGUUGACACCGUUACGGUAGCAGGAGAUGUUGCUUAUUUAAUUUUUGGAAGUUUAACUACAACGAUUUUGGAGCCUUGUCUGUCUGAGCACUUUGUUUUUUUCUGUACCUCAUAAGCCUCUGUGUAUGGAGAAUAAGCCGAGAAAUUAAUAAAUUUCAUGGUUUGACAUUGA